ACUUCCUGUUGACUUGCAGCUAAAACGAGAAGUUAAGAGUCAGACAAGUGAGAGAAGCUGUCACGUUAUACCAGAGACAUUAAAAAACAAAUGAUUAUGUCGCUGUUGAUGCGUGUAACUAGGAUGACAAUAGAGCACAUGAUCACCAUUUGAAUUAGUUUGAUCUCAUUCAUAUUGUUCCAUGACACACACUCACAGUUCUACUUUGUGAGAAUGCAGGGAGUGCAGAUGUUCUGUUGUGGUUACAUUUAACCCAGCAGUGCUACUUCACUGUCGGCUGUGCAGCGUGUUGUUGACAUGGCUUGUACCUUUUCCUGUCGAUCGCUAGGGGAUCCCUGCUCUGUGCUCCGAUGCCCGUGUGUUGACUGUCUGUGAGCACAGUUUGGGCAGCAGUCGUCGCCACUGUGCGUCGCUGAAGAUGUUGCAGCAGCAGCAGCCUCUGACUGGCAACGGGCCCUCCAACGGCCGGGGACUCGGCGUGAGCGGCCACCCCGGGAUGCACGCGCUUAACUCGGUUCAUCAACCUUCCCAGCAUCGGUCCGACGGGGGGGACUCGGGCCUCGAGGGCACAGAAAACGGACAUGAAAACCGCAGAGAUAUUGGUGACAUACUACAGCAGAUAAUGACCAUCACCGACCAAAGUUUGGACGAGGCACAAGCAAAGAAACAUGCCCUCAACUGUCACCGAAUGAAACCUGCGUUAUUCAGCGUCCUGUGUGAGAUCAAGGAAAAAACCGGCCUGUCAAUGAGGAACGCCCAGGAGGACGAGUCCCAGGAUCCUCAGCUGGUGCGAUUGGAUAACAUGCUGUUAGCGGAGGGUGUGGCGGGGCCCGAGAAGGGUGGUGGGGCUGCCGCUGCGGUGUCUGCUGCCACCAGCUCGGGGGGGCUGUCACCCGACAGCUCGCUCGAACACUCCGACUACAAAAGCAAGUUGAGCCAGAUUCGCGGUAUCUACCACACUGAGCUGGAGAAGUAUGAGCAGGCAUGCACGGAGUUCACCACCCACGUGAUGAACCUGCUGAGGGAGCAGUCGCGCACGCGGCCCGUGACUCCGCGGGAGAUUGAGCGCAUGGUGGGCAUCAUCCACCGCAAGUUCAGCACGAUCCAGACCCAGCUGAAGCAGAGCACUUGUGAGGCAGUCAUGAUCCUCAGGUCCCGCUUCCUCGAUGCCAGGCGCAAAAGGCGCAACUUCAGUAAGCAGGCCACAGAGGGCCUGAAUGAGUAUUUCUACUCCCACCUGUCCAACCCUUACCCCAGUGAAGAAGCCAAAGAGGAUCUCGCCAAACUGUGUGGAAUCACCGUCUCUCAGGUGUGCAACUGGUUUGGCAACAAAAGAAUCCGCUACAAGAAAAACAUUGGCAAGUUCCAAGAGGAGGCCAACCUUUAUGCCAUGAAGACGGCCUUGGUGGUCAGACCGGGCGACGAUUCCCCGCACACUCCCAACUCCACAGGAUCUGGGUCCUUCUCUCUGUCUGGGUCAGCUGACCUGUUCCUCGGGGUUCCGCCUGUGAACGGCGAGCAGUCUGCUUACCAAGUUGGAGUGCAGUCUAACGGGAACUGGCAGGGUCGAAACUCGCCCGGCGCCUCGCCCCACAGCGACCACUCGGAAAAAUCUGACUGAAGGCCCCGCCUACUGGCACAGAACGACAGCGACGGAAAGAUUGACGACGGAAAAGACAAGAAGAAUGAUAUCACACUUCCCACUUGGCUGCAGUUGUUUUUGUACGUUGUUUGUUUGGUUUGACUAUUUUAAAUGUAAGUUGUGUUUUUUGUCUUUUCUCACCGCUCAGCGUGGUUCAUUAGUAUGUUUAGCUGAAUGCACGGAUGCUGGAGUGUGUGUGUGUGUGUGGUUGGUUGGUUGGUUGGGGGUGUGUGUGUGUGUGUGUGUGUGU